AUGCUAAUUUACGUCUACGUAAGAGUUUGCAUUUUAUCCCUUUGCUUUAAAACAAAAUUGGAAAGGAACGAACAGGGGCGAUUCACAAGGGAUUACCGUAAUUGAUUCGUUACUUCUGGGGGACGAAUUUUAUCAGGGGUGAAUAAAAGGGGUAAGUUUUUAAAGAAACGGUGUUGCUGCGUCGGUGGGAGAGUAUAACAGGGUAUUUUAGUAUUAUCAACUGAGUUGAUAACGUAAGUUGGCCACCGCAAAGAGUUUCAAAGCUGACGUUUAGCGAGCGUUAGCCCUUCGUCAAAGCGAACGAAGGGUGGUUUUUUUCGUCCAGAGUAACUUCCUCUUGUCUGAGUGUGAGUUUCUAUAAAUAUCUUUAAAAAAUUAUUCACGAUAAUUCAUUUACGAUGAUGUGUAGAGUUUCAAAGCUGACGUUUAGCGAGCGUGAGCCCUUCGUCAGAGAGAAUGAAGGGUGGUUGUUUUCGUCGAGAGUAACUUCCUCUCUCGUUUGAGUGUGAGUUUCUAUAAAUAUCCUUUAAAAAUUAUUCACGAUAAUUCAUUUACGGUGAUGUGUAGAGUUUCAAAGCUGACGUUUAGCGAGCGUCAGCCCUUCGUCAGAGCGAAUGAGGGGUGGCUAUUUUCGUCGAGAGUAAAUUCCUCUCUCGUCUGAGUGUGAGUUUCUAUAAAUAUUUUUAAAAAAUCAUUCACGAUAAUUCAUUUACAGUUAUGUGUAGUGUUUGAAAUAUUUUCUGUAGUUUCUAGCUAUACCAUGAAUAUCAGUCAAAGUUGUACGUAAAAAAAGAGGAGUGAUACGAAACAAUUUUUUCUUCCAUGUAGAUAAAGGUGUAUGCGAACAAAUAAAGUGUUUUUUCAUUUAUAUAUGCAUUCUGUUCUAGGAAACAGUUGUCUUAGACAUUGUUUUGACGAGCAUUCGAAAACCUUAAUGAAGUAGUGCGACGCAUCGGCGACCUGUUAGAAAACACGAGCGUUUGGUUUUUAUUACUUUUGUGAAAUUCUGUUCCUAACACCGCCUCUUUCUUCCUCGGUAUGUGACAUUUAAAAGCAACGCUGUCUUCGACAAAGAAAAUUUUAAAAAAAUUCCUAGAAGGUUUUUUUUCUAUAUUUGCAUGCGGUGCUUAUCCAGAGUUAUUGAUUAAAGCCCAGGCUUACAUGACUGAAAGGUGAAGUCUUUAAUGUCUAAUCAAACGCAUUGAAUCUUGCAGCUGCUGGUUCGGUCUUUAUAUGGUACUCCGUCAGCACACAUCUGCAAGUUAAAAUUACGGGCAGUUAGCUAACAGCUACUGUCUGAAGAGCUGAUUUUUCUUUUCAACCCCGUUGACAAACUUGUCCAGAAGAACACAAAAGAAAAGAAUUGCAUUGUAUUCCUGUGGAGUCUAAAUAACAAAGUGAUUCAAACGGAAUUUUUUACAACCACUGAUCGGUAAGUGAGUUGACGAUGAACACUGAAUUAUCUAAACAAUGUAAGUAUCUUCUCUCUUACAAAAUGGAAGCGUUGGCACACAGUCUGUUGUAGUGGUAUAAAAAGAGAAACUUGCUUUGUUCCCUCUCUUUGUCUUUAACGGUUUUCAGGUAUCUUAUCAAUGGUCACCUGUUAAAACUAUUGAGAGGAUGUCAGCAUCCAUCGAACAAAUUUGAAAUAUUGUGGCAAGUCGCCCAAAAUUCGUUUUCUCUCCAACUUUCCUAUUUUGUAGCCCAAUAUGUUCUAAUAAUUGUCGUGUAGUUUUUUUGCGAAAAUAUAUUUUAGUUUUCGAGAAAUGACUUUUUUCGUUCGACCGCUCAAAUAUGCAAAUUUUCACCGUGAAUAUUACCCGAGUUGCGUGACCUCAUGUAACGAAUGUACUAGACCUACGGUAUUUCUGUUAACAUAAUCCUUUGUUACAUCAUCUAAACUUAAUCCCCUGUCGUUAUUGAAGCUGCUAAAGAAAAAAAUAAUUUUUUGGCGAAUAUUUUUGUCCGACAUACUUUUCCUAUGUCGAAAAGUAGCAUCAAAUCAAAGACAGUUUUAACAAUGACCGAUAUGACACAAUCUACUGAGCUUCAAGCUUUUAAAAGACCAAAGGAUGAUUAUAAAGUUACUUUAAAAAUUUCCUUGUGUAUUUGUGUUGUUCUAUCUUGAGACGAACUCAAAGUCCGGCAAAAUUUACUUGAUAGCGACUAUGAAAUGUACAUGGUGCGCCUACUUGUCGCCACCGUUAAUUGGCAUAAAUCACUACAAUUUGUAAAAAAGUAUAACACAACACUCUUACCUUGUUUAUUUAUGAUUUUAUUAGCUGUUUCGAUGAUCACGUUAAUUAUGCUCUACCACACUCUAGCCAGAUUUCAAUAACGACAGGGGACUAAGUUUAGAUGAUAAAACAAAGGAUUAUGUUCACAGAAAUGACGUAGGUCUAGUAUAUUCGUUACACGAGGUCACACAACUUGGGUAAUAUUCACGGUGAAAAUUUGCAUAUUUGAGCAGUCGAACGAAAAAAAUUAUUUCUCGAAAACUAAAAUAUAUUUUUACAAAAAAACUACACCACAAUUAUUAGAACGUAUUGAGCUACAAAAUAUAAACGUAGGAGGGAAAACAAAUUUGGGUGACUUGCCGCUGUUUGUUUGAUGCAUGCUGACAUUAGCUCUUAAAUCGUAAGCUUAAAAAAUUCUAUUUAAGUCUCUUAGAAACCAGACGAUUUGGACUGGGAACCCAAGCUGGUAUUUUUAAGAACAUAAUCAGCUUGAGUUCGUAAUUAAGUCGAAUAAAGAAGGAAGCCGAAAAGAGGUAAAGAAAGCUUGGUUAGAUACGAAGCUGCUUACUUCUUGUCAGUAGAACAGUUCUGAUGUUCCCGCUUAAUUUAGCGGGCGUAAACUAAUGAGAAAAGACAACUGUGGGAAUAGAUAUUUACUCUCUUAUUGAGGGGGAGGUGAAGCUGCAUUGUUUCCUACUCACGAAUGGCCUUUUAAAAUCGUCGGGGACCUUUUUGCUAAUAAUUUUUCCGAAGUCAAGAAAAGGCUGUUAAAAGAGUGUGGUAGGAACCUUUUCAACUUCUUCAAAAACAGGCUGGCAUUUAGCUACCAAAGACAUUUAAAUUCAACAUUGGCAGGUAAUUUUACUUCAUCCAAUACGCACGACUGAGAGAUUCAACACGCUCUAAGUUCAGUAUUCUAUAAUGACUGAUAAAAUGCAAAUUAUUUAUCGAGUGCUAACUUCGAUGCCUGACUCAAAAAGAUUUCUUACCAAAACAAAAGAGAUGAUAUACCUCCACUAAAUUAAAUAAGCAAAAAUCGUGAUGUCUUGACAAUAAAAUUUACCUAAUAUGUCAUUACUGAGCUAAUGAAACAAAUAAUAUCGACAGCUUUCUAACCAAAGACACAAACAGACACUAGAAUAUUUUUAGUUCUUUUAAUAUAGAUGAACUCAUAAUUUAAUUUGACUUUGUGAGAUACGAGAUCUUUGCGUCGUGUCGUGUAUCUGAAAAGAAGUAAUAAUCUACGUAAUUUACAGGGCACCGUUUGUAAAAUCGUUAUUUGGACAGUUUUUUUUUUUUAACUCAAUUCAUAAUGCAUAUAGUUUUUAUUUCCUUAGAAACCAAUAUCGUCCAAAUUUGAACAAAAGCAAACAUAUGUUGAUAUAAAAACUAAUUUCAGUGCUAAUUUCAUAUAGCCAUUUCCAUUUUUAAACGCUUGCCAAAAAUGGUGAUUCGACGCCGCCCGGGUGCGAUUAUUUACUUGUCAGAGCUGCCUUAAGGCUGAGAAGACCACACUUCAUCUCCAACUAAAAAAAAAAGGCCGUUGAAAAUAGAUGCUGAAUUUGAUUAUUUCAAGUAGUUUCUUUUCAGACGAUGGCUAAACUGAUUGUCAUCGACGUGCUAGUAAUGGAGCAGUGCAUUUAAUAAUAGAACAUUUCCUCUUGAUGAAACUGAGGGCGUAACAGUGCCCCCCGGCUUAUUUCAACUUUCCGGAACUCCGUGUUUAUCAAAGAUCUGUUAAUUCUCGAUUUCGUGCUGUGAUAGCUCAAGGAGUCGAGCAUUGUUUAAGAAAUAACAAGUUAUAAGGUAUCACUCGUCUCAGAAUUAUCAUAGCGGAGCUCGCAGAGCGUAGCCCCAUAAUUAUACAAAAUAGAAGUAACCCAUGAAGCCGGAAAAAUUUGGAUGUACGACCCUACGACCGUACAACCGUACAAGGUGCUACUUUUAACAUGCUUUUAACAUGCGUGGUCAACCACGGCUUUGUUCAGUAGUCCAGUACUGCACUGGGCUCCGAGUCGGACGACCCGGGUUCUAGUCCUGGCCGGGCCAAGGCGUUGUGCCCUUGAGACGUGCGGGGGAAAAAAAUGCGAGCUCCGCUUUUAAGCUUGGCUAAAUCUAUAUAUUAGGUGAAGGUUGUACAUCGCGUGAGGAAUUGUUUCUUUGGAUCAUCUUGUUGCCACUCCGUUCGUCCUAUAUCAUUGUUGUCAUAAUUACCUGAUAACAAGAAUUUCAGUUCAACUUUCGGAAAAAAGUAGAAUUAAAUUGCCCUUAAGCAGCUCAAUAUCCAGCAAAAACAAGAACAAAGAUUUUUUGAGAGAUGGAAGAAAGCGGUAAAAAAAGAAAGAAAAGAAAAGAUACAACAAACGCUAUAGAUCGACUCAAGAUAUUCAAAUGCGCGCUCAAUCUCUUUUAUUUGUCUGUUCUUUGUGGUGUUCGUGAAGCGAAGUUCAUUGAACUCACCUUAGCAGAUUCAUUGGUCUAAUUUAGAACAGACAACCCUCCACAGGUUCAUUAAUCUAAUUUAGAAUACAGCUUGUUACUGUAAAAGCAAUGAAUAUUCAUUUUUCCAGUGUUUGUUUUUAAGAACCAAAGUACAAAAGGGUAAAUUGCACUUAAAAAUUUACUUACCUUUGAGUGCCAUGCAAGUAGAUACGAUGCGAUCUAUUCUUCUUUCGUAAGGCGAGUGUCCACUUUUUUUUCUCCCCUAAUAUGAAAAUUUGAAAUACAUCAAUUGGAUAUAACUUAAGAUUCCUAUGGCGACAUAAAUGCUGAAUAUUUUUUAGUAUUCAUUUAACUAUAGUUACUUGUUUUUAUUUUUGAAAAAAUUGAUUAUUAUUAUUAUUUUCUUUUCUUGAAGAGCUUUGUAGCUUCGGGUUUGCAGUUGUUCGAACACACCAUCAAAGUUUUGAAACGAGGAAAUUAGCACACUUAAUUAUAAACCUGUUUUCCAAAUUUUUUGCUGUCUUUAUAAAUACCCCUAAAAUUCUGAGAUAGCUUCAACAGUUUCAGUCGCAUGUUGUUGGACAUCAAAUUUACAGAAGACGUUUCUAUAUGUUAUAUGAGCUAAAUUGAAUAGCUUUAUUUGUUCUCUUAUCAAUGUCAUCAAAAUGUUGAGCCAGAGGGUUAAAGACACUAAGCAAACGUGGUUUUUAGUGGUAAGACGAAACAACUUCACUUUGCGCUGACAUAGCCGAACAAACGUGAAGUGAUUUACAUAGGCGAAAAGGGUUACAAAAGCGUGGUGGGUAACGCGCCGCAAGAUUUCUGUUUUAAGAAAUUUAGCUCUUAUUUUCGUCAGUAAAUGCUAGGUUAGGGUGAGCCUGAAAGUAGUUUGUGUCCCAUAGUCUUCCGUUUAGCUACACUCUCUGUUAAAGGUAAUUUCCAUCCUGUUUCAGUAGAUGACGAUGACGCUCAAAGGAAUCGAGACUUUGGCCAAAGAACUCCAAAACCGAGACAUGAAGGUCGUGAUAUGUGAAACGUUUUUCUACCUGCUGAUUAUUUCGAUGGCAAUCGCUGGAAACUCCUGUGUUCUUUUGGCGGUGUAUAGAAACUCAAGACUGCGGACAGUUCCAAACUACUACAUUGUGUCGCUGGCGAUCUCUGAUAUUCUUUUGCCCUUGUUAUGCUGUCCGUAUUCUGUAGCUGUGGCCAUCGUUGGUCACUGGCCAUUUAACGACAGUGUUUGCCAAAGUCAGGGAUUUUUUGUCAUAAUUUUGGCUUGCGCCUCUUUGCUGAUCUUAACACUGACCGCGAUCAAUCGAUUUUUCCGAAUUGUGGUAACGAAACAUUACCGACAAAUUUUUACAAAAUGGAAAACCAUAAUUAUGAUAGUACUCGGAGUCGGCUUAGCUUGCUUGGAACCAUUACCUUAUUUACUCACGGGUCGACAUUAUGUCUUUCAUCCUGGAAAGUUGUUUUGCUUUCAAACAGCUGAAAUUUCCCUUCCAAAUUUUAUUGUGUAUUUCUACGUUGGUCUGCCUACUUCUGCUUUAAGUAUUUGCUAUGCACUCGUCUUCAGGAAAAUGCGCAUUCACCAAAGAACAGUUCAUAAUCUACGUUCCUCUUCCUUGGCUGCGGAUAACAUUUCUCAAGCUGAUGUCAGAGUUACAAAGAUUCUAUUCAUCACGGUGAUAGGAUUUUUGGCCUGUUGGACGCCGAUUGCUGUCAUAGAUUUUGUGGACACGUUCCGAGGUGAAGUUUCUCUUCCGAGACAAGUCUAUGUUUUCUAUCUAAUUCUGGGAAAUCUUUCAGGCGCUAUUAAUCCUCUUAUCUACGGUUUCUUGAACAGGAAUUUCAGACAAGAAUAUAGAAAGAUUUUUUCGUUAAGGAAAAGAAGCUCAAGACUGCAUCAUUUGCAAAUGGACUUACCAUCAUUUUCGACUCGACACCCUCAAAUUUAGAACUCAAUGCCAAUAUUGUUAGUAAAAUUCUUCUUUGGUAAUUCAGGUCAAUGGACAACAGAUAUGGUUUUAUUUUGGAUUUUUUUCGUUUUCCGUAGAAAUGGUGGCUAGGAAAUCAAUAUUAAAGUAUAUGGAAGCACUAAGCUGUACAAAUUUACAUAUAUUUUGAUUUUACGAGAUGUCAUUACGGUCCAUCCAGGACAUCUACAUAAACUGAACGAAACAAAUUAUUUCAUCACUUUUGUAGCGCAUUUUUCGUUUUUUUAAAUUCUUUGGUACUUUAGAAAUUUUCGGCGUAUUUUCCAUUAUUUUUUUCUUCCAAAUGUUUGUUGUUUCCUUUAUUUUGUCGGUUUGCUUUGUCAAUAACCACAAAAUAAACACGACACGGAAAUAAUUUAUUUCUCCUUUAGCCGUCGAAGGACACAAGUCAAGAUGUUUGACAGUCGGUAAUAAUGAGAGAUCAGAAAAGCAAAAGAUCCGACAGUUUCCUUUAUGUCAGGGGACAGCAAGUAGUAGAAAUCUCGAACCGACGACAGAUGCAAACGCUGGGUAAGGAGUAAAAUACAUUAAAUUUCCCGCUGCUUUAUUUAAUCGCAGAGUUUCUCUAUUUUCACUCAUUUAUCCGCUGCGGAUACAGUACUUUUUUUUCUGACACCUUUCAGUGCCACUGUCACCACAAAAGACGAUUGCUUGACUCAAAGUAUCUUGUAGUGACCCAGAGCCUCGACUCACUGGAUUACGUGGUCGUAUAAUGACUCGUAGACAUCUCAAUACCAUGAUGCAAGUUGGAGGAAGAUAUUAACUAAAAUGUAUAAGAUUUAAUGCAAUCAACUACCGUUUAAACUGUAGACGCAUAAUGAAAGGGGUCAGGUCUUUUCCGCAAAUGUUAUACUCUGUCUAUAGGGAAUAUAUUGCGUUUGAAAAAAAACCCGUCAAAAAAGUAGUGCGUGGAGUUGCAACAAAACUUUUGUAUAUAAGACUAAGUUUACUGCUCUUGUUGUUGUUUCAUAGUGUCCUUUAUUUUUUCUCUCCUGACUUGCUUGAAUCGAUUUGUUCGUCUAGAAAUCUUCGAGGCUGAUUUAUUGAAUGUCCUUGCCGUUUCAUGUAUUCUUUGUCCACUGGUGCAAUUCAAAAUUUGAAUACAAAGUCGUAUUAAGAAAGACGAAAUUAAAUGAAACAAAUUAGAUCUAGCACCUUUAAUUAUCUUAGGAAACUGUGGACCCAUAGUAAACAUGGCUUAGUUUGUUCAGCUUGAAUUAUUUCUCCAAAGGCAGCAUACUGCGGUAACUCCAUUACGUUUUUUCUGGUUUUCAACGGACUCGUUUGAAUUCCUUUGGUCAUAAGUUAUGAAAACCAGUGAGGCUACGUCUUUUCAACUUACUGAUGUAAAGCCGGAACAGCGACCGAGACGAACAAUUCACAAACCCGAAGUAUAAUUCACUGAACACUUUAUGCAAGGUUGGAACUCCUUGUGGCAUGAAGAAGACGAUGUCAAACGAGAAAUGUUGACCUCAAAGCGUUUAAUUAUCAUACGAACAGCAAUCUUGUUGUAAUGAAAAAGUUUAAGAUUAUUCAGCUCAGCUCUUAUCCUUCCCCAGAAAAUAAAUUACGGAAUUAUUGUCUUUUUUAAAGAGUUUAUCCGCCACUUUUCAAUUCCGUUUAACACCAUAUUUCAAGCAAAAAAAUUAUUUCAUCCAAAACAUAUUAGUUUCAUCGCUUUUAAUUACGUACCAUUUAAACAGAAGAAACAUAGUAAAUAGGUAAGGUCAAGUUUAUUCAGCUUGUGUUAUUCACAUUUCGCGGGCAACACUUAGUACUGUGUUUGUUACAAAAGUUAUACAUGAAGCCACAGUCGCGACAGACAAAAACAUGACUGAAUUACUUGACUGCAUGAAGCAAAUAGAAAGUGGCAGCUGUCUAAGUCUUUUCUUACUGAAGAUUUUUUUUUUUUUUUAAGAUCAGAUUUAAAAAAUUGAAAUUCGGAAAGGGGAAAAUGAAUUACAAUUACUCCUCCUUUUUCUUACUUCAUUUCCGAUGUUGUUAUAAUUGUUUGCGUUUGACAUUUUUUGUUUGCCAAAGUUGUAAAGCUCCUCCACAAAUACAAUAACCCUUGUCAGUCAUUUGCAUAAAAAUUAUAUUAUUCUUUCUUUACCCAAUUUUCGCAAUGGAACCUUUUUAAUUUCUUGCCACAAAAGGAUACAAGACUGGAUAAGAGAAAGAAAUAGUAGAGCAAAAUUAUAUCGGUGUUAGUCAGCUAUCGAUAGCACAUUUACUGCAUAGGGAAAAAAAACCAAUUUUGUCUGUUUUCUCGUGCUUCUCAUUUUAUCUUAAAUAUGUCUAGCGAAUACUGAAAACGAAAAUAUCAUCUUUUUUCAUGAAAGACGAAAUUCGCACGAUUGGCAUACGUGGUUGAGAGCAGACACAAGAAACCUAUAAAACUCUUGCUGUUUGUCAUUCGCUCGGAUCAGUUCAAAAGUUUAUGCAAAGCUAAAAACUUUUGUGAGACGGAAAUCAUCACACUCGCAACACUCGUUCGAGAGCUAUAUGGCGGCACGUUGAAGUAGUCAUUGGUAAGACAUGGGUCCCAAUGGCGCAAUGAUUUCCAACGAUCACAGCUCUGUUCACUUUGUAUGAAUUCAUCGUGGAAACAUAUGAACGCAGAUUUUUUAAUAUGUAAAAUUCAGCCCUGAUCCUGCGUGAAAACGAUUAGAAGGGAUUAUCGCAUACAAGUUACAUGAACCGUCACGCGCCUAAGUAAUCAUAAUCCCAUACAGCUUUGCGGGUGUGAUUACUUCAUUUUCGGACUUUAAAAACACUACCAGCUUGUGUACUGCUCAGAGUCUCGCACAAAUUUGACGAGUGGUGAUGAAAGGAUAAAGCCAAACCUGUUACGUCCGCCGCUCGUUUCGUAAUUCCUUUUUCGCGCAGAACUUAAAGUAAAUUUCUGAUUGAAAUCACCGCCAGUGAUCACAAAAAUGUGGAAACUAUCUCCAUUCUUCAGUUUUUCAGCUUUUUCUGAUCAGAGGCAGUAAAACUGUAUUUCAAUGUAAUGGUAGUGGCGUGCCCGAGAAAAAAAUCGUGUAGCAAAAACACCAAUGCCAUUGAAAUGAGAUGAUCAAAGCCUAGAAUCCACCAGCAGUGUCGGCAAAUCAACUGUUAUAAUUGGUGAGCGACCAAGAUUUGCCACAUUUCACGGGUACCUUGAGGCUGCACGUGCUUUGAUCUACCUUUGCAGUUAUUAGAUAUGCUAUUAGUUAGCAAUAAUAGAAGUCAUGAACAGAAAAAUACUAACAGCUUUUCACUUAAAACGUUUGCAUAAAAGCAAAUACGUUGUUUUUGUUUAGAUUGUGAGAAGCAGGUGGGAGACAUGAUUAGUCCAUUGUGUUUUGAUGUUUUGAAAUUGGGAAGAGUUAACGGAAUCUUUCGACUCUUUCAUAAAAAAUAAGAAUUUUGCGAGAGCUUUUUUACGUCCACUGGCACUAUUCAUAACUUGGUCUUGCUACUCUGAGGACUCGCUGCUAAUGGCCUUUCCGACAGCUGUGCUAAUUCUCUUGUGUUUUUCAACACUGGCAAGUAAGAGAACCCAAUUUUGGUUAUAUGCUUCUGAUUGUCAUUGCGGUAAAUGUCGGAACUGAUAUCUAAUAUUCUUAUAAACGCAGGGGGAACCUGGAAAUAUGGAGAUAGUGAUGUUAUUCAUGGAGGCGAGUAAUUUUUUUCUGACCGGAAAUAACCGUUACUUUACAAUCUUUAUCCGUCUGGAAGAGCAGUUUUCAAAUUUGAAUCCACCACUAUUUCUAUUAACUUUAAUGCGUGAUUUUUUUAAGUAGCGAAGGUAAUUUCAGGAAAAUUUGUGACCUCAAAGAAAAGAAUAUGUUUAUAGAAAAGUACUCGACCGUUAUAAUUGUGGGAACUUUUUUGUUCACUACCUGAUUAGUUAUAGGUAAAGAAAUAGGGCUCUUUUCGAUUGAGUGUCGUGAGACCAAGUUACUUGUCAAAGGGCACUAAAGAGAACUGGAGAUAAACACAAGUAAAUGUAAAUGGUUUGAUUGGCUGAGAUAAUGGUGCGAGUUUUCUGAACCAAUCAGAGAGUUAAGUAACCACUGAGUCAAGGUUAUGAUCCUAAAUCACUUUGAGAAAUCAGUUGGAAGUUUUUGUGGUUGUCUGACUUUGAAUUAGGCAUAAGAUCACGAAUUCAAGUGUUAAAAUAUCCAUCAGGGCGCGUGGAGAACGACAUGAUGUUGACAAAGCAGACAUUAUACGCUGUUGCACUAACUUAAAACUGCAUUUUGUUUGAUGCAGUUUAUGGACCCGAUGCAUGGGGAAAUGUUGCAAGUUCAUGCCGUCUGGCCGACCAAUCACCAAUCAAUAUUGCAACCAAGACGGUAGAGUCUGAUUCAUCUCUGGGAGAGCUGGACAUCACGUGUGACAAUGAAGAAGGAUUGUUCAAUGGAAUACUGCUGAAUAAUGGAUAUGAGCCAAUCCUAACUGCGGAUUAUAAGAGAGGCACCUGUAACUUAACUGGUGUCCCUGUGAUUAAUAAGAACUUUCAGCUGCAUGAUUUAAACAUCCACUUUGGAUGUGAGGCUGAUCGAGGAUCUGAGCACACUAUUGAUGGGAAAAGUUUCCCAGCAGAGGUAAGGCGCUUAUAAAUACGUCAAAACUUUUUUCACCAUUGUGUUGCUCAUAUUGAAUAUAGGCAACAGCCUUAUUUACAAAUCUAAGUCUGCCCUAAUUAGCCAAUUGAACAGGGGUGGGGUGACUAUUCCGAUAGAACACUUUUCGAUGAUUUGCUGAGUCAAAACAAAAACCGAUUAGUACUCUUACAAACUACAAGCUAAGCUUUCGAGAUUACUUAAAACCAAUGCUUUGAAGUUUAGAUUCUGACUGCAAUUACAAGUCAGCUUUUAAUUAUUAUAUUCAAAGUCACGAGUCAAGAUUGAAGAUCGAACAAUAUUUGUUUUUUCAUCCUUACUUUAUAAACUGCAUUUGAAGAUUUUGGAAUCUAUUGUUUAGGUUCUGUUUUCAGAUUUGUUUCAUCAACUGGGUGGCUUCGGUUACCAUAAAUCCACUCUUAUAGUCAUGUCUUUAUUUUUCUCCAAUCUCCACACAGUUGCAAUUGAUGUUUUACAACACAGAAUAUGGGUUUUAUGACAAUGCAGCCUCAAAAAAGGAUGGCUUGGCGGCCAUUUCAGUAUUGUUGAAGGUAAGAUAUAUUCCUGAGACCAUCUCUAUAACGUUGUGUCACUUCGUCCAUGUUGGUUAAUUUUGUGUAUUGUAAGGCUAUGCAUAAGUUUUUGGAACUAUUGUAAAUACUUCUGUCAUAAACAUGCAUAUGAUCAUGGCAGGUUAUUGAGGAAGUAGUUUAGGACGUAACACGUAGUCUUACAUGACCUAAUGGUCUACAAGAAAAAAAAAAAUGGACGUCCAUAUUGGUCUUUGGAUAAUCUUGCUAAAUGGAAAUUUUUAAAUUCGGCGACCGUCAUCAGAAGCUUCAGGUUUUAGCUUAGUUUCAUUCCUUUAGCCUCAACAUGACUCCUUUCAUUGUUUUGUUUUGUUUUGUUGCAGGUAGGGAAGACUGAAAACAAUGCACUUGACAGCAUUGUUGAUCAACUGGAUGACGUUGCCGUGGAAGGUUUGCUCAUGUUGUAUUUACAUGCUUUGACUUUCAGCGGGAAUAUGCAAGCAAGAGUUUAUUGUGAUGUAUAUUGAAAGAUAAGAGCAUGGGUUAGACAACAAAACGUGGCUAUUGAGCCACUCGCACCAUCGGAAUCAUCAGGAAUAUUGAUCCGUAUUAUCUGAUGUAAAAUUUUGUUUUUGUCAUAUGAGCUAAACUAUAUUAGCAUCCACCUCGAUUUCUUACUACAGGAUCUAGCAUCCCUGUUUAUACACCGGCUGACAAUUUGACCUUGGCCAACCUUGUUCCGGACCUUGCUAAAGAGCAUGCGCCUUACUACACUUACAUGGGCUCGCUAACGACUCCUCCCUGCUACGAAACCGUGAAAUGGAUUGUCAUGAAGAACCCAGUAACCAUCACUAAACAUCAGGUAUUCCACCAUUCAGAGAAUUAUCUUUUUGCUCCUUAACCUACCCCUCUGAUACUAUAUAUUUAGCGGUUUUAAAAAAAAUGGUCACCAAUUCUCCCGCUUGCUUAGUUUCAGAAGCAAAAGACUGGGAUUUACACUUAACGAGAUUUGAAGAAUAAAAAAAGGUUUUUGGAAAUCCAUGCUGCUCUUUUUUCAUAAUUGAUGAGGAAUUUAGAAGCGUUUAAAGAAUUUCAAAUAUCAGCCCCUAGUCAAAAGCGUACAUGUAACUCUUGUCUAAUGCAAAUCGUCGAAUGAAUGAUCUCAUUUCCGAAGGUGAAUUUUUUUUUAAACUGACCUGAUUUUUGUUUAGUUUUAUAUACUUAUAUGUCUUUUCCGUUUCAGCUUGAAGCGUUCAAGAAACUCACGUCAGGACAAGGUUCUGAAUGUGACAAUUUCCGGCCGACUAAACCAGUAAAUGGUAGAAAGGUGGAAGCAAAUUUCUGAUUCAGGUUAGAAACGCCACAACUUUGCUCUUCUACUCGCAUUUUUUCUUUCUCUAUUUCAUUUGUCCAUACAGUAUGAUGCAUUUUCCAUCACAUUUGAAUAUAAGUUUUAUUACGUUUGUGUUUUCUUUGUCAAUUUGGUACUGAUGACUUAUGGUGUUUCAUUAUCAAUAUCACGGACGCAGAUCUAGCUAGCAAACUUAAAAAGUGCAAUCCUUAAAAACGUCCUUACUUACGUAUUUUUCGAGAGUUUUAAAACUGCACUCUGUUUAUGAUUCUAUCUUCAUUUAAUUUUGUUUAAAACAGUUCACACCUACUGAUAUUUAUUGUUAAAGUGUCAUCAUCAUGAUCCGGGGUUGUUGAGUUUUCAAAUGAGGCCUCUUUGAUUUACCAAGGGUAACUACAUAGAUUAAAUGAACCACUUAGCUAUGUCUAGUAGACUUAAGUGACCUCAAACGGAAGCCGUAAAACUAAAAUAAAUGAGAAUUACUCUAAUUACCUGAUGCGAAUGUUUGUCGAAUGACGCUACAUACUAAAAAUAUUGAAAAUAAAAUUCGAAAUAAAGUGCUACACAGAUUGCACCCUUUCUUAUCAAAGAGGAGGGGAGGAGUGGAGUAAUGGGUUACUCAUAUCCAAAGACUACCCCAUCUUUUCACCAGAUUUGAUGCGAAUCUUGAUUUUCUUUGCAGGGAGACUCAUUGCAUAGGUCAGCAUAUGCAAGGAAGUGUUGUAGAGAAAAAUUCACGACUUUUGUCUUUGUAAUGUCUUAGAAGAUUCCAUGGUCACAUCCAAAUUAAUCGACGAUAAAUUAAGGGAGCGGCCGGGUAAACUUUUAAAAGUGGUUCUGUCGCAGUGCUUGUUUUAUGGAGUUCAAAACUGAAAAAUUUAGUCGAUCUGCAUUUGGUUUCAUCUAAAUGUCUCGAUAUGAUCAGGUCAUACGUUAUUAUAGGAGAAGAAACUGAGGUUUUUCGUCAUCUACAGAACGGAAAUAUUAAGGUGGAUAAUUAAGAUAUAUGUUAAGAGAUGAAAUAUUGAUGUCAAACAUCCGAUUAAGAUGCACGUUAAUUUACAUUAAAAGUUUCAAAUGAGCGUUAUAAUUAUCAUUGUAAAUUAAAACAUUGUCUAGCUGUCCGUCUGACCGUAAUUUGAUAGUUUGACGCCAAAACCCUUAAGGGAAC